GUAACCUGCAUGUUGCAUAGUAGUGUAAGAUUCAACUGUAGUAGAUUAUACGUACAGUGUGUGAUGCCAAAAAUGUAAAUGACUGGCUAUAUCAUAGAGAGACACAGUUACAAAAAUGGCAAUAAAGCAGUAUUUGUUGUGACAGAAGGCAUCACUGGCAUUACAUUAGCCUUCACACUUAUUGCAUAUGGUCAUUUAUCACAGGGGCAAUAUUUUGAACGGGCUGAAGCUGGGACCUAAAUGUUAAGACUUCCUGCUGUAGGUAAAUAAACGAUAGACCACACAGGUAGGCUGACUUGUCCCAGUGCUGGUGCCCGCUCACCAUCAGUGUUUUGCUGUUACUAGAGUAGUUUACACAGGAUUACCGGAGGAUAAUCCAUUUACAGUAUUUAGAGACAUGAGUUGCCAUCUGUCUGUAUUUAUCGCAGCGAGGGAGCCGUCAGCACCGGCUGGCUGCAAACAAACACUUCUACGGUAAGAUGAAGCUGUCGAGAACAGUGCAAGACAAUGCUACGUAGCAGCCAUUCGUGUACAUUGGCUAAUUAUUAAGUUAAAUUGGCCGUUUGUUGGCACUCGGGACGACCCGACGUUCGUCACGACCUUUAAACUGCGCGCGCACUGCAGCCAGGUUGGUGCGAGAUUUGCUGCCUUUAAAUGUCGUCGUAAACCCCUGUUGCUAUCGUUGUGCAUUUCGUGUUCAUUUUAGGUAGCAUCAAGGUUAAUGGCUCAAAACAUUGCCGUUUUAUUUCAUGGUUUGCUGUAGUAGCAGUGAAGAGAAGACAAAACACACCAGCUGUACAUUUAAGGUUGAGUAACGGCAAUUAAUGUAGUUAAUUGAGUAAACAAAACUGAAACGUACACAUCCUCGCUUCGUUUCUUUAUUUGAUGCAUAAUGCCAAGACAGUAAGAGCAAAAAGGGGUCAAUUAAAACGGCUGUUGUUAAAUGCACCAUAUCCCCCUGAGAUAUUUAACAGGUGCCUGUGUAGCUACUGUAUCCGUUCAAUGUCCGACCGCCCUCGAAAGCAGCGAUUGUCCCCAGCACUUCAUUGCUGCUCCACAGUCCAAACAAGUUAAUUGUAAGUAGGUGUGUGACAAGAAAUCCUGAUGGCUACGUUUGGCGUUUUUGACGGUGCUCACAAUCCUUAAUCUUCCAAUUUCGUGAGUGUGAAUGAAAAUGUGAAUGCUGAUUUUAAUUUUUGCAUUGAGCUGCAAGUUAUAAGGUACUCUUGCUGAGGUGGUGAUGGUGAAUAUCUAAAGAUUCCCUGGUGACAAUGAAGUUUCCAGACCAAGAGCCUGCCUUUGUUCCCUGCUGUCUUCAAACAAAUGCAGUAUAACCUCUUAAAACACACUUGAACGUCUUAAAACACAUAUUCCAGCAUAGUCCUUGCCUUAUUGCUACCUUUCCACUGUGCCAGCAAAUCGUCAAACAUUAUCUACCUGCUCAACAUUUAGCUUUUAACUGCUUUUAGUUGCUUUUAGCUAUAAAAAGCUCCUCCAGAGUUUUUUUUCUCACUUCAGAGACCCUCCAUUCCCAGAUGAUGCGGACAGACAGCAAAGGCCGAAGCGCCUCCCCUCACAGGAUAACCUAUAAGUCUGACUUCCAUGCCAUCAAAUGUUCAUUUGACACUGCGACCAGUCUACAACCAGGAACCAAAACUGCUUCUGCCCAGCACUCUGCUGUGCACCCAGCCAGGCUGCCAUCCAGCCUGUCGGAUCCCAUAAUGUCCCACACCAGCACCAUUGCCAGCACAGGCAGCAGAGGGAGAGUCCACAGUACCAGGGGGACCAAGAUCAGAGACAACAUCUUCCUACAAAUGGACAACCAGCAGCUGAAAAAAGAUGUUGAUCCAGUGCAGAGUUCUGGCUCCACAACCCUCCUUACUCCCCAUAAUCCCACUCUACAGCUCCAAACUUCACCUUUUUCUGCAUCCAGACGCUCAGUCAUCAAUUCCUCGUCUGUUCUGAGCGCUGCGGCCAACAUUGCAACUCCAGAAUCUUCUCUGCAAGAUAAAUCAUCCAGAUCGGAGGAGAUAGUGGAUAUUGACAGAGCUGCUCUGGCUCAGAAGUUCUCUGUAACGCGGAGGUUGUUUGAGACCAAGGGGGUGAAGGUUGGAGGUGGUGGAGGCCAUGUUUCAAAAAGUAUUGCUGGCAGGGGAAGCAAGGGGACGGCAGGUGGAGAAGGAGAAGGGGAAGAGAUGGAAAAAGAGGAAGACGAGAGUGGGAAAAGGAAUCGCACCGAAGAGGAUAGCUUUAAUAAAGACAAAUCCAUAAACCUACCCAUCAUAAAUAUUCCCUUGCCAAAGCCUACUGCACAGGCCUCGCUGACAAGUCACCAUAAAUCUCCCGUAGCGGAUGGCCCUAGUGAAUCAUCCAACAGAUCUCCCUCCUGUCUUGACAAACAUGGUCGAACCACGGGAUCACAAACGGAGGAAAAAAGGACGACAAGCCUCUUCUUGACCCCUGAGGAGCCAGUGAGGGCAGAACUAGUUGAUGUGAAGAACGGGUCAUCAGAAAGUGACGAGAAUGAAGAUGAAAAGGAGCGGAAAGAGGGCAAAAUCUGUCUUAAGGAUGGGGGGGUAAAGAACAUGGACAAAGUUGCAGCAGAGACUGUGCAAGUUGAUGAUGUUUUGGAAAAGCCCAGCAUGGAAACAUCACCCUGUGUGUUGGAAAACAGAGUGGAACUGAAAGCGAGAGAAGGUGGGCCAGUUGUUCCCUCAGACGACCACCAGAAGGAGUUAUCAACCAGCAUGUCAAGGAAAAGAGAGACCAAGGAUGACAGUGAAGGGGGAAGAGACAAGUAUCAGCAGGUGAAGGAAGAAUGGGAGGGUGAAAGGGAGGGGCAGACCAGACGGUUCUUGGCUGAGAAGUCGAGAGAAAACUGGGACACGGGGGAGAAAAAGGCUGUUGCAGGAGUGGGAGAAAGUUGUGGAACGGCCGAGAGAGGCAUGAUGCAAGAGGACAAUGACAAGGAAGUUAAGACACACGGUCAAGAGACGAAAAGAACUGAGAAAGAAGAAGGUUCAACAUCCGAGCUGCAAGAGGAGGUCAAGCGUGAGGAGGGCAGAGAAGGAAAAGAUGAUGUAGGAGGAGGCCAAGAGGACCAGACAGGACCGGCAGUAAUCGGUGGGAUUGAGAACAAGGCUUUUGUGUAUGAGCAGGAAUCCCACUCUCACCCAGAACAUUUAGGACAGGAAUGGGAAAACGCUGUACGUGAUAAUCGGCUUUUAUUGCAAUAUGAGGAAAUUCCUGGCGUGCCUGAACUGGAGGAGGAGGCUGUCGAGGAUGUAGCAGAAGAGCAGCAGAGGAGAAGGGUCAGGUUCACCUCAGGACCAAUCAAGGUGUACAGCACUUAUUCUAAUGCCGAGUACGACAGACGCAAUGAAGACAUUGACCCGGUGGCCGCCUCAGCUGAGUUUGAGCUGGAGAAGAGAGUGGACAGGAUGGAUGUCUUACCAGUGGACAUAGAGAAGGGAGAUGAGGGCCUGGGCAUCAGUAUAAUAGGAAUGGGUGUAGGAGCUGACCAGGGACUGGAAAAACUUGGGAUCUUUGUCAAGACGGUUACUGAAGGAGGAGCAACACAGAAGGAUGGAAGGAUUCAGGUGAAUGACCAGAUAGUGGAGGUGGACGGGGUGAGUUUGGUCGGGGUCUCCCAGCUGUUUGCAGCCACAGUCCUCAAGAAUACGUCAGGCCUUGUCAAGUUUUUCAUUGGGAGAGAGAAGGAGGGGGUGGAGAGCGAGGUGGCACGACUGAUCAAUGAAAGCCUGGAAAUGGAUAAAACACCCAGAGAGAGUGGAAGCGGGGACGAGGAUGAUGAUGGUAGCUUUUCAGAGAAGUCGGUCACCGAGGAAGAGGAGGAAGACGAAGAGGAAGAUGUGUCUGUUAUUUCCAGUCUGGACAAUUACCAGCUCUGCCUCAAAUACCAGCAGCUUCAGUCAAAACUACGGAGCAGAGCAGCCCAACUUCAACAUGCUCGAGAAAAGUUAAAGGCAUGGAAGGAGCAGCAAGUCGAUUGGGAGAGCAAGAAGAUUGAGCUGGAGCAUGGAGUGGAGGAUGGAGAGGACAAAGCUGAGAAACUAGAGAAGUAUUGGCAGGAGGCCCAGACACUGUGCAGGGUUGUGAGCCAGCGACUGGCUGAUUCCCAGAGCCAAUCGGAAAGCUUGGAGAUCAAAUACAGCAAAGCCAAGAGACUGGUCAGAGAAUACCAGAGCAGAGACGAGGACCGAGAGAAGAGAGAAGCAGAGUUGAUAAGAGAAAUGGUGGAGAGAGAUAAGCUGCACAGGGAGACAGUUGAAAGACUACAAAUCCAGAUAGCACAGCUAGAGAGAAAAGAGGCUUCACCUGAAAGACAGAACCACUCUGUGGACACUUCAGUCACAGAGCAAAAGGAAUUGUGUUUUGUCUCAGGUCCAGACUGGUAUAUUCCACUUCCUGAUACGGGACUUCUGGACUCCAGUGCUCACAAAGCCAGAGCUCAGCUGGCCCAGAAAUCCAAGCGCCACCCGCCCUCUCGAGACAAACUCAGAGAGAGCUUUCGAAAAAAGGAAUGUGACAUUCAGAAGUCACAGGAGAGCCAAUCGCUGUCUGCUCCCACAGUGACGCGCAGGAGCAGCAGGAGUGACGUGUCCAGUACCUCAUCUUUCCCAGCCCUCAGCCCUCAACCUCCCAACAGCUCCGUCUUCACUCCUCCCACCUUCAUCACUGACGUCACUCCCUCACCGUGCAAAUCUUCCGCAUCCAGAAAGUCCAAAAAGAAAUUUCCAGACUUCAGUGGCCUUCGCAAGUCUCUUAGCAAAAGGAGAAGUGACAAACACUUCAAAAGGUCCAUGAACAGGGGUUCAUUUGACCUGGUGGAUGGGCCUGCUGAAGUUUCUCCAUCAGCUUCAAUAACCUCCAUGCCUUCCUGCCUGCCCUUCCCCUGGUUUGGAGAGCGAGGGAGAGAAAAAGAAGUGGCCGGUGAGAGAGGCAGGGAGAGACUUCGGUCUGUGUCCAGCAGCAGCUUACCGUACCUGACCACCACCGGUAGAGACAAGAGUAUUGGCUCUCCAGUGGGCUGCUCCAGCAUGGUGGGUCAUGUCUCUGAUCUCUCCCUCUCUGGACACUCUCCUGCUUUCACCUUUUCCUCCACUGAGACGUUGGACGAUGACCCAGUUCCCACCAAUAACAACAACCACCAGUGGCAAAAUCGACCCAUGUUGGAGUGGGACAACCAGCAGGUGUGUCUGUGGUUAAUUGCCAUGAACAUGGACGAGUAUGUGUCCGAGUUCGCUGUCAGAGGUGUGGAUGGGACACAGCUGCUCAACAUGGACGGUGAGAAACUCAAGGCUCUGGGGGUGUGCAGUCAAAGCGACCGGUCUGCCCUCAAGAGGAAGCUGAAGGAGAUAAAGAAAAGAGAGGAAAAAGGACAGAGGAAAGGAGAGAAGAAGCUGGAAAAGAAGACCACCGUUUUGGAUGAGGGCGAAGACAAAGAGAGAGCUCGGACGAUGAUGAUGGAGAAGUCUGUAAAAGAUGCCAGAGGCGGCAGCAAAACUGUAAGAACUGAGUCAUUCUUGUAAAAAAAAAAAAAAAAAAAAAAAAGUGAUGUCAGAGAUGCACCACCAGCAUGAGGGCGUGUUUGCAGCCUAAGGCGCACAAAAAUACACUUGAACCAAUUUCUAUUUAGUCAAUAGAAACCGCUAGAUGUACUGCACACCGCCGUCAUUGUUCACAUCUUAGUAGCUAUUAUUUAGGAUACACAACACUGGUUGAUUUUAAUUGAUGGAAAGAUCUUUGGACCAGAGCGGAGAUGGACUCCAGCCCCAAAGUUCACACUCGCAGCAAAUAUGUGUCUCUCAGUAUGUGUCUGUUGUAAAGUGUGUUUACAUACUGUCUUAAAAUGAUGUUUUUCUUUUUUAUCAUGAACCUUAAAUGAUUUUAAUAUUUAACGACGUGCUGCUUUAAGCACUCAGGUAUUUGCUGUAAAUGCUUUUUUAUGUAUUAAUAAAUAACUCUUUAAACAUC